GGAAGCCUAGGGCCCAGUUUGGUGUGGGUCGGUGAGGCAUCCUCACUCAGGGCUGCCCGCUCUCUCCUCUCUUCCCCAGGGAGGAUGGUGGACUUCCCUGGGUACAGCCUGUCCGGCGCGGCCGCCUCCUUCCUCUUCGUGCUGCUCACCAUGAAGCAGUCAGAGCACUUCAGAGUGAUUGGUCCCGCUCACGGCAUCCUGGCCAGGGUCGGGGAAGAUGCCCUCCUCACCUGUCAGCUCUUCCCCCAGAGGAGCGCGGCGCACAUGGAGGUGAGGUGGUACCGCUCGGAGCCCAGCGCGCAUGUGCUGCUUGCACACCAGGGCGGAGCUGAGGUGAGCGAGAUGCAGACGGAGGAGUACCGCGGCCGAGUGGAGUGGGUGGAGGACGGCCUGGCCCAGGGAAGCGUGGCUCUGAAGAUGUACAACAUCCGACCCUCCGACGACGGGCAAUACUGGUGCCGUUUCCAAGAGGGGCACUACUGUGGAGAGACCAGCCUGCUGCUCCGAGUGGCAGGUCUGGGGUCCGCCCCGCACAUCCGCAUGGCGGGACCCGCGGACGGUGAGGUCCAGCUCGUGUGCACUGCGGAGGGCUGGUUCCCGGAGCCCCGGGUUCACUGGGAAGACUCCAGCGGGGAGGCGCUGCUGACUCUCUCUGAGCAUCACAUCCCCGACGAAGAUGGCUUGUUCCGCGUGGAAGCCACGCUCGUGGUCAGGAUCGCCUCCGCGGGCACUGUGUCCUGCUCCGUCCACAACCCCGUCCUCGCCGAGGAGAAGGGCGCAGUCCUCUCCGUCCCGGAGAAACUCCAAACUGAGCUGGCUUCCUUAAAAGUGAUUGGACCUUCCCAGCCCCUUCUUGUCAGAGUGGGAGAAGACAUACAGUUAACCUGUUGCCUGUCCCCCGAGGCUAAUGCACAGAGCAUGGAGGUGAGGUGGGUCCGAGCUCACCGUUACCCUGCUGUUCAUGUGUAUGUGGAUGGGGACCAUGUGUCUGCAGAGCAGAUGGCAGAAUAUAGAGGGAGGACAGUGCUGGUGACUCACGCCAUCAGCGAGGGGAGGCUGACCCUGCAGAUACAUGAUGCCAGGACUUCAGACGAUGGGCAGUACCGGUGCCUUUUUGAAAAAGACGGUGUCUACCAGGAGAACACCUUGGAUGUGAAGAUAGUAGGUCUGGGCUCUUCCCCACGGAUCACCCUGGAGGGACCUGUGGACGGGGAGAUGCGGCUGGUGUGCUCCUCGGAAGGCUGGUUCCCGCAGCCCCGGGUGCGGUGGACGGACUCGGAAGGGAAGCCCGUGCCCUCAUCCUCAGAGGCGCUGGCCCAGGGCGGCGAUGGGCUGUUCCAGGUGGAGGCCUUCCUUCGGGUCAUAAGCAGCUCUGCUGCCAACGUGAGCUGCUCCGUCAGCAACCCGGUCCUGGGCGAGGAGAGGACGGCCACCUUCCUUCCCUCCGACUGCAGGAUGACUUUUUCAUGGAAGAUACUGCUUCUCCUGGGACUGCCUGCUGUGGUGGUUGUCGGCCUGAUCCAGAUGAAGAGCUUUGGUAAAGGUACGAGAGGCAAACAGGCUGUGGGCACACUCCGCCGGGGGAACCUUCUCUCUUCAGGAGGCGCCUAUGGCAGUCAUUCACCGAACAGUCAGUAACUGAUGAAACACGCGGGUCCAUGACUUAACGUUCAUGCACCAGGAUUGGUGCUGAGUGAGGUCAGAAUUCACAGUGAUAUAGAAGCAGAAGGAUGUAAAGACAAUCAUCUGUGGCUAUGGACAUUCCCAAGUGCUGUUGUUAGGGGAGAGGAAGAAAAAUGGUGGCAAGGCCAGCUGGCUUUCCAGGCUGUGAGCUGAGACACAGAUCCAUGGGCAGGAACAUCUCACUGAGCUUUCACAAUGUGGUGACUUGCUUAUUGGUGAUGAAAGACUUCUCAUGUGUUGAGAGGCUGUUCUAAGUGCCCUAGAAAGUUCCUCUACUUUAAAUUUCUUAUUCACGGUAACAUUUGCUUGCCUGUUUGGAUGUUAAUUUCACAAAAUUAAUAUUUUUAAUACUUCCAUAA